AUGGUAUACUCUGGUAAUGAAGGCGGCAGUAACUAUGAUGUAGGAAUAUUGAUGGACAAGACAAUAAUAAAUAGCUUGAUGAGCUGGAAGGCAAUAUCAGAUAGAAUAAUAUUGGCCAGAUUCUACACCAGAAUGAAAAAGAUAUCAAUAAUUCAAUGUUAUGGCCCAACUGACAUUGCUGAUGAUGAAGCCAAAGAUACAUUCUACAACCAUCUCAGCACGGCUAUCAAUAGUAUCCCCAAGACUGACAUUGUAAUAUUACUGGGGGACCUCAAUGCCAAAGUCGGUGCUCAGCAAGAUUCAAUCCCGAAAAACAUAAUGGGAUCACAUGGUAUGGACACUAUUAACAACAAUGGGGAGCGUCUGACACCAAGUAAGAUAAGAAACACACUACAAAGAAGAAAGCGUAAACUACCAACUUACAAAUUAAAAAUAGAGGGUACGAAGCAGGAAUUCGUAUCAAGAAUACAACAAAUAAGCGAAAGUACAAACAUAAGCAAUAUACAAGAAAUGUAUAGACAAAUAUCGGACGAAACACUGGGAACAAGUGAAAACACAAGAAAAAUAUGGCUCUCAGACGAUACUUGGUCGAAAAUAGAACAUAGAAGAAAAUUACGAACAAAAAUGCUCACACAGCAAACAGAUGACCUAAAAGCAGAGUAUAGAGAAGUUGCGAGAGAGGUCAAGAGAUUCGCCAGAAGAGAUAAGAGAAGAUAUUAUAAUUCGAUAGCAACAGAAGCACAGUCAGCAGCCGAACAAAAUAAUAUGCGCCUCCUAUACAACAAGAUCCGAACUCUAGCCAAGCAUAGAACAAGACCCAGCCAGCCAAUAAAAGACAGUAAUGGUCAACUUCUGACUUCUGCCCAAGGACAAAUGCAAAGAUGGAAGGAACACUUCGAAUAUAUGCCCUGCCCUAUUAACCAAGCGCAACCAAAUAAUGAAUCGGUGAUAAGACCACCACCUCUCAGAAUCAACCAGAACCCUCCACCAAAAAGAGAAAUCAUGGAAGCAAUAGCAAAAAUGAAGAAAAACAGAGCUGAAGGUCCCGAUGGCAUUCCUGCAGAGCUACUUCAAGCAGAUCCUAACACAACAUCAGAUAUUCUGCUUCCAAUCCGUAUGGAAUUCUCUCACUAUUCCGUAUGGAAUAGUGAGAGAAUGCCCGAUACUUGGAAACAAGGUAUUAUUGUAAAGCUUCCAAAAAAAGGGGUCCUUAGAGAGUGCAGUAAUUGGAGAGGUAUCACGAUUCUCAAUGUAUUGAAUAAAGUCCUAGCAAACAUAAUUCUGGGAAGAAUAAGCUCAAAAAUUGAAGAAAGUUUGCGAUAG